GGCUGGGCAGGGUAUUUAAGGGCUGAGGCCGUGGGGAGGGAGCCCAGAGCAGUCGGGGCGCAGCACGGUCCGGCUCCUCCCCUGCCCAGCCGGCCAAGAUGCUCCCGGGCUGCUGGCUGGUGUCUGCGCUGCUGCUGGUUCCGGGCUCCUGGGGCGCCCUGGGCCAGUGUCCCAGCUGCGAGGACGGGGACCCCCCGGCCUGCGCCCCCCGAGCCGGCUGCCGGGCCCCCGAGAGGGCAGCGGCGGCGCCCCCCGACAGCGCCAAGGCGCCCCGGGAAGCCUGCGGGGAGAAGGGCUGCGCCCGGGCGCUGGGGGAGCCGUGCGGGGUCUACUCGCCCAGCUGCGCCCGGGGACUGCGCUGCAUCCCCCGGGCCGGGGAGCGGACCCCCCUGCAUGCCCUGCUUCACGGCAAGGGGGUGUGCCGGGCCGUGGGGGGCAGGAAGGGCAGCCGCAACCACACGGAGCCCGAGCCCCCGGCAGGGGAGAGCCGGAAGGAGAGUCGCAGGGUGAGCCAUCCCACGCUGGCGCCUCUGGCCCCCCAGCACCACGGCCCCCUGACGGAGGCGAACGGCGGCAAGGACCGGCUGCACCAGAUCUCGCUGAGCAGCGACGGCAAGCCGGACUUGGAGACGGCUCCGUGCCGCAUGCACCUGGCAGCCGUCAUGCUGGAGCUCAAGGCCCCGCUGUACCUGAGCGGAGAGGACAUCUUCAUUCCCAACUGCGACACCAAAGGCUUCUACCGGAAAAAACAGUGCCGGGCAUCCAAAGGACAGAGGCGAGGCCAGUGCUGGUGUGUGGAUAAGAAGGGCCACCCGCUGGCCGGCUCGGGGGGGCUGGAGGGCAACCCCCAUUGUCUGCCCAACGGGAGUGACUGAGAGGGGUGGGCUGGGCUCGAGCGGGGCUGGAAGAGGCUCAGCCUCAUAGACACUGCGGGAAGAAGAGCCCGAGGACGCAGAAGCAUUUGCCUUUAAUUUAUUACCUGGCACCGUGGCUGUUGGGAGGAGCUGGCCUGAAGGCAGCUUGGGGGCGCUGCCCUCCCUGGGGAUCGGCCUUUCCCCCCUUCCCCAUUCACACCCAGGACUGGCUGGGCACAGGUGGCAGGGAAUAGCCCUGCACCUGGCCCCUGGGGAGGGGUGGGGCUGGGCUAGCAGGGCUCCCUCCACCCCAUGGCUCUGGGGUAGCAGCCUGGGGCCCAUGCCGCUGCUUUGGGGGUCUGUUAGGUGUUUGUUCAAUAAGCUAUUGGGAGUGGGGGCGAGGGGGGGUCUGCAGCAUCCCCUGGUGCUUCCAACCCCCCACCCACAGCUGCAUUUUCUACAAUGGGGAGUUUCUCCCUUGGACUGGGGUGGGGGGGUGAACUGCUUUUCUGGGUGGGGAACAAUGAAGGCUGGUAUUGGAAGAGUGCUAUUAAUGUUGGCGCUUGGUGGGGGGGAUACGCUGGGAAGGGCAGCAUGGUUUUGGGGGACAGGCUGGAAACAGCCAGCAAGAGCUCACCCCUGCACCCCCAAAUCUCAGGAUCCCAACCCCCACCCGUCCACACACCCUGAGCUGCAGUCGGACGCCAAUUAAGAAGCUGGGAGAGGGGCAGGGGGAAUGGGAGGGGAGCAAGGGAUGCGGGGGUCGGAUGUGGGACAAGCAACCUUUCACUUUCUGACCUUCCUCCUGAGAGCCCUCCCGCCUCCCCCCCCCAGGAAAACUGCUGGCUGGGGAGAGUCCUGCAGCCAGCCGGAUGUGGGGGGCACUGGGGCAGAGGCAGCUGGAGCGGGAGUCAGGGCCAGGCUGCGCCAUCCCCCCUCCCCCAUCCCACAGCUCUGCUUUUGCUGUCACCUGUCCUGCAGCUCCUUUACCUUAAUGCGCUCUCUUGAGGAUUGUUGGAUGCUUCUGGGAUAUUUUUAUUUUAAAUAAAGCUGAGUUUGGUUUUUGGA